CUAUCUCUCAAUCAAUAUAUAUAUGCGUAUGCAUGUUUUAGCAACCAGCCAUUGCAGCCACUAUUAUAGAUUCAUAGUAUUAUAGUGAAUCUUCAUCCAUCUCUCACUCUCCUCCAAAUUAAACCAUAAGUUUCUUGAACUAGCUAGCUUCAUCAAAUAAAGAACUUCAAUUCCAGGUAGCCGGCAAGGGAGAGAUGAUGACCUCGUACCAAUCGAAAAACACAGCAACCUCGGAUUUCGACGAGAAAGGAUGGGUGAGGCAUAUCAACAAGACCCUCCAUGAAGAGCUCCCAGAAGAGCUGGAUUUCAACGUCGUCGUCUUCACCGUCCCCAAAUCUCUAAUGGCGUGCGACCGGAGCUCCUACGUCCCGCAACAAGUCUCCAUGGGGCCUUACCACUUCCUAGACCACGACGUUCUCGAGAUGGAGAAGUACAAAAUCGACGCCGCCAAGAUCUUCCAGAAACAGAUCAAGUCGCCGUCUCUCACCUUCGACCACCUCGUCCAACAAAUCAAGGCUGUCGAGUCCAAGAUCAGGAUUUCCCACGACAGGCCCUUGAAGCUUAGCUGCGAUACUUUGGCGUUGAUGCUGGCGAUAGACUCGGCGUUCUUGCUGGAGUUUCUUAAGAUUUACGCCGUCAAGGAAGGCAGGCUUGUCGCAGCCGCCAUUUCUUCGAAGAUGUCCCAUUUGGUAGAUCUUCAGGGGAAGAAAUCGUCGCAUAAUGCUUUGCUCCGGGACUUGUUGAUGCUGGAGAACCAAAUCCCACUCUUCAUCCUCAAAACAAUGUUGCAGUCGCAGUUCUCGUCGCCGGAGGUCUCCGACGAAACGCUCCUCGCCAUGCUAAUGGGGCUCUCCAAAGACGUUUCACCAUUCAAGACAUCAACACUACUUGGGCAAACUUCAAAAACAUACCAACAACUUGACAGUUUUGCCCAUUUGUUGGACUAUUUGUUCCGCGCCAUCGUGCCGGAGAUGGAGGGAGAGCACGCCGGCGGCGAGGAAAUAAUAAUACAGCAAGAAGUGGAGGAGGAAAAAGCCGCCGCCGCCGCCAUUACUUUCGAGCAUUCAAGCCAUGUCAAGGAAGCCUUUGGGAAGGUUUGGGGGAUGGUUCGAAAAGUAAACGUUUUCAAGAAACUCACCUCUUCUCGCUCCGUUAAAGCCUUGAUGAAAAUGCCAUUAGACCUCGUCGCCAAGGUCCCAGGCGUGGACAAGCUCAAAGACCCAAUCGAAAAGCUCUUCUUUUCCGGCGAAGAAAAAGACGAAGAAAACCCAGAGAAUUCCGAUUCCGACAAAGCCCCGUUAAUAGAAGAAAUCACAAUCCCUUCAGUAACCGAUCUAGCCAGAGCCGGCAUAACUUUCGUCCCGUCUCACGAUGGCAUCUCCAGCAUUUCAUUCGACCCGAAAACCGCAACGUUGUCCCUCCCGGUGGUCUGUCUGGACAUAAACUCCGAGGUUGUCCUGAGGAACCUAGUCGCCUACGAGGCGUGCCGGGCGAAAGGGCCGUUGGUUCUUGCCCGGUACACGGAGUUCAUGAACGGGAUUGUGGACACGGAGGAGGACGCCAUGGUUCUGAUAAGCAAAGGGAUCAUUGUGAGCCAACUGAAGAGCCAAGCAGAAGUGGCGAGCUUGUGGAACGGGAUGGACAAAUCUGUGAGGUUAACGAAAGUGCAGUUCUUGGAUGAGGUGAUUGAGGGAGUGAACGAGUAUUAUAGCCAGAGAUGGAAAGUGAAGGCCAUCAAAUUCGCGAGGGCGUAUAUAUUUGGUUCGUGGAAGCUUCUGACUUUCAUGGCCACCAUCAUGCUUCUGUCCAUGGUGGCUUUGCAGGCGUUUUGCUCAGUGUAUACUUGCAGCCGUUGGUUUACUGAUAUUGUUCUGGAGAAUGAGACCGGUAAAAAUUAACUUUUUUGCCUUGAUAUGUUAUUCUUUAUCCGAGGGUGUGCAUUGAGUAAACAUAAUCAGUCUAAGUUGUUCAUAGCUGAUCUGAUCGGCUCAAACCAUGAAGGUUAAAAUUCAAAUUAUAGUCACAAGUUUGUAUUUUUAGUCAUUUUGGUUGGGUUAUCGGCCUGAUUUUAGCUCUUUAUGUUUCUGCUGCAAACUGUUAGUUAAUCCAUUUUGUUGUAAGCUUUAAGCUUUUUGUGGCUAGCAGGUUUCUGAUGAUGACGUUACUCAUGUAUUUUUCUUGGCUGC